AUGACCUCCCAACGCAAACUCAAGAUCUUGAUGCUCCACGGCUACACCCAAAGCGGACCCCUAUUCCACGCAAAAACACGCGCACUGGAAAAGAACCUCGACAAAGCAUUCCCUGCUGCCCCUAAGCCAGGUCACUUGCCAAGUUACCCUGGAGGUGUCGAACUCGUAUACCCGACAGCACCACUCAAGCUUUCAAUCUCGGAUAUCCCAGGUUACGAUGUAGAUGGCUCGAAAAGCGAGAACGAAGACCCAGAGGCAUACGCAUGGUGGCGUAGAAAGGGCGAUGGCGAGCCCUUUACCUACGAAGGCCUGGAACAAGGGUUCGAGCGUAUCGCAGAAGUGAUCAGAGAGAAAGGUCCUUUCGACGGCGCAAUCGGAUUCAGUCAAGGUGGUGCAGCCGCAGGAAUGUUUGCCUCGCUACUAGAAGAGGGAAGAAGAGAUGCAUUCGAAAAGCAACAGUCACAGGGCGGUAUGCGUUACCCCGAGAGCUUCGAGCAGGAUACAGGUUUCAUGACGGAUGUCAUUCAGCAGCCGCUGAAGUUUGCUGUGAGCUACAGUGGUUUCGGUGCUGCUCCGAAUGAGCUGUACACCGCAUUCUACGAACCGAAGAUCAAGACACCUAUGCUGCACUUCUUGGGUAGCGUAGAUACUGUCGUCGAGGAGGCUAGGAGUUUGCGCCUGGUGGAUGCUUGCGUUACAGGCAGGGGUGUAGAGGGUGGUGUUGCUAGAGUCGUCUACCACCCUGGCGGUCACUUCUUGCCCAGCAGUCAAAAACAAUACGUCGCGGCGCUCGUGGCAUUCAUUAGGGAAGUGGUUGGCGGCCCGCCGGAGGACUCGCUCGAAAACAAGAAGGAGGAGAAGGCCGAAGACAUGGACAUGCCAUUCUGA